AUGGCGCUCUUUGUCGACCGCCGCUCUGGGUCGGCCGUCACGGCCAAGCUCAAGGAGGUCUCGUCGCCGCUCCCGUCUGGAUAUCCGAUCUACGAGCUCGACGACUCGGACGCGACCUCGACCUGCUCGAGCGACUUUGGCUCGGACGACGACGACGCCUCGUUCGCCGACGCCCUCGAGGAGCAGCCGGCACCGCGUGACCCGCUCGUCGUGCCCGAGGAGGUUCUCGAGAUCGUGUUUCGAGCGACGCAGCGGUGGGUCGACGACUCGGAGACGCUCAAGAGCGCGGCGCUCGUGUGCAGGUCGUGGUCGACGCCGGCGAGGAGAAUCCUCUUCAGCCAGAACAUCUACAUCAACUCGCCCGAGGCGGUCAAGCGUCUUCGGCACGUCGUCGACUCGCGCCCAGAGCUGCGCAGCGCCAUGCAGCACUUCGACCUCGCCAACCCGUGCAGCACGUACGACAUCCGCCUCAACGAGACGUUCCGCCGGGCGGCCGGCAUCCUGCGCCUCGCGCUCUGCGUCAAGACGCUCAACCUCCUGCACGUCCCGCUCAGCGACAAGACUCGCCGCAAGUUCUUCGGCGCGCUGCGCGCACUCCCGAUGGAGGAGGUCCGCCUGUACGCCGCCGCGAGCCCGAGUUACGGCCCGUUCGGCCCGCGGCGGCGGUUGCGCGGUACGGCCGACGUCGACGUUCUGCCCGGCCUGCUGCAGCAGUGGUCGACGCUGCGGUCGCUCACCCUGUCGGGCUACUCGACGUACCCGCGCUUGUUCUCCGGCGCGCUCCUCCUGCGCCCGGUCCCGCCCAUGCCGACGUACCGCCUCGUCGAGCUCAACCUCGUUUCGACCGACCUGAGCGGCGCGACGCUCCUGUGGCUCCUCGGCGACUCGCUGGCGUCCCUGCGCGUCCUCAACCUGUCGACGUGCACCGGCCUCACCAAGGACGUCCUCGAGCACGUGUGCGCGUUCGUCGGCCCGACCCUCGAGUGCCUGUACCUCGCCCUCGACCUCGACGACCUCGACCCGGCGUCGGCGUCCGCCCCGCUCGACAGCGCCAUCCUCGCCCCGCUCGUCAACCUCGCGUCGUUCACCCUCAGCAGCGACACCCUGUUCCCCGACACCCUCCUCGUCCAGCUCGUCGCCCUCCCGUCCCUCUCACUCAUCACCCUGUGCUGCCCCUCGUUCUCGCACGACAUCGUCAAGCGCGCCGUCGCGACGCUCCCGGCGCCGUCGGCCUCGUCGUCGUCGUCGUCGGGGAGCGCGGGCGGCGCCCGCCGCAGGAGGCUCGAGCAGCUCACGCUCGAUGCGUGGGAGCUUCAGGCGCUGUGGAGCGAGGAGGAGCGGUGGGAGGUGCUCCAAGCUUGCGAGGACAAGGGCGUGCAGGUCGUCAUCAACGGGCUCGCGCGCGAGGACAUCGAGGACGAGUGGUACGGCGAGGACAUGACGGACGCGUGGCACGCGCUCGAGGACCUCGGCCGUUCGUCAACGGCGAGCGACUCGAGCUGGAGCUCGCGGUGGGGCCGAGGGAGCGUCGACGCGCUCGGUCGGCGCGCGAGGUGAGAGGCUCGGGAGGUGUUUCCAGGUUGCGCUCGUUCGCGGCGGUCGUCGUCGUCGUCCCCUUUGUAGCUGCCUCUGCUUCCGCCAUCGUGCUCUCUGCGGCGCGUCAACUUGUCGUUGUUCCUCGUC